UCCGUUUCCAUUUUUCUUUCUGUUCAUAUUUCUAACUGGUAAAAAAUCUUGUAACGAAAAUCAAAUCAAAGCGGCUUCUUCAGACCAGACUUUUCUUUUUUUUUUUUUUUUUUUCUCUCAAAAUUUUCCCCAUAAAUCUCGCCAAAAUUUGGUCUUAUAGAUUCCUCCUCCUCCCCCAACACUUACCUUCCACAGAUUGCGCUUUCUGCAAGUGGACUCUCCACUUCCUCCAAUGAAUAUCUGGUGGCAAAAGCAGACUCACAUGGAAACCGUAUGCCGAAACUUGUCAUUUCUUUUCCCCUUUGCUUCAUGUUGACAAAAGAAAAUCACCCAUCCCCCCUCUUCAUCGCUUCAUGGAUACCACAAAAUUCUUCUCUUUGUUUUUUUUAACUCUCAAAACCCACUUCGAUUCUCUCAAUAAACCCUACUUUAAGGAGUUCUUCUAUGGUAACAUGAUUCGGCUUCUUUAUUCUUUCUGGGCUUUUCUCUGCAACUUUGUAUUCUCUGUUUUCGGAUCAACAAUCGGGUUUUUGUAUAGAUUACAUGCAUGUAAAGAUAUUGAGAGGAAUCAGUCAGAACCCAGUUUAGAUUCUACCCAAAACAGAGAUGAUUAUGAUUAUGGUUCAUGUGGUUCUGGGAAUUCCGAGCUUCAUGAUUUUGGCUUAAAAAGAACGGGUUUCCAUUUUAGUUUUGUUGAUAAAAUCAAUGGGGAAAACAAGAGUUCUGUUUUCCAGACUGUCACCAGCAAGUAUGAGUUCUUGUCAGAGAAAGAUAUCAGUGGAUUCAUAGAAGAACAAAAGGUUUAUAGCCUGACUGUGCAUCAGCCAUGUCUGUUUUUGGAUAAUCAUGACGGGCUUCCUGAAUUGCAAACAGGGUCUGUAGGUGAAGAGAUAGCAGAGGACUCUGCAGAGAGAUUUAUGGUUAAAAAGAUUUUGGAGAAAGUUGUGGAGAAAGCAGAAAUGGAGUCGAACUUUACAAAUGAAGCAGAGGAAUCUAAUGAAAGUCUUACCAUUGAAGAGAAACUUGAGGAAAAAGAUCAAGAAACCCCCACUGGAUUUUGCUAUGUAGAAGAACAAGAAGAAACAAUAAGUCGAAGAACGAUUGAAGGUCCCGAUUCAGUUGCCUAUGAAUUCGUGGAAAGUGAAGAAGUUUGCGAAGAAUUUGAAUCUGAAAAUGUCAAGAAAGAGGAUAAAACUGAAGAAGAAGAAACUGGCUUAUUCGGUAGCAGAAAUUUCGAAUCAGUAGCAGUUUUUCCGAAUGAUAAUUUAAUCGAUUCUGAUGAUGAAUUCAUAGAACUAAGCCCCCAGAUGGAGAUUUCAGGUGUUGUUGAAGAGGAAAUGCUUGUAAUGGAGGAUUCAGAAGAAGGUAUAAACCAUGAAGAGAGCAGAAAAGGACUAAAAAGUUCAGAAGAAUAUGAAGAACCCAGUUUGCGGGAGGAAGAAUCUGCUUCAAGUUGUGAAGAGGAAGAUUCCGAUGAUGAUGAUUCUGAAUCCAUGUUUGAGUAUGAUGAAGUUAUAGAACAGUUGAAAAUGGAGCUGAAAAAUGCCAGAACUGGCGGCUUGCCAACCAUUGAUGAAGAGUCAGAGUCUACCAAGAUGAUCGAAGAACUAAAGCCAUUAAAGAUUGAUGUAAAAAUUGAACAUAAAGAUAGAAUGAUCGAGAUUCAUAAAGUUUACAGAAGUUACUGGGACAAAAUGAAGAAAUUAGACAUCUUGAAUUCUCAGACCAUCCAUGCAAUCAAUUUACUCAAGUUGAAAGACCAAACUCAAUCAAACGUAACGAAGAAAUCGUCGAACCAAGUAGCUAAAUCACUUAUCCUGCAGAAACUAUUGUCUUUCAAGCAGCGAAAAUUCGAAGCUGAGCCUAUACAAAGACUUAUUAGAGAUGUACAUAAAGAUUUUGAGACAGUAUAUACUGGACAUGUUUGUCUUUCAUGGGAAAUUUUGCAUUGGCAAUUUAGGAAAGUACUAGAAUUGUUGCAGCAUGAUCAUCAAGCCCUUCGUCGGUAUAACCAAGUUGCUGGAGACUUUCAAUUGUUUCAAGUGCUCCUUGAAAGAUUCAUAGAGAAUGAGCCAUUUCAAGGCCUUCCCCGGGUCGAUAAUUAUGUCAAGAAUCGCCAAGUUUCUCAUAACUUUCUACAAGUUCCAGUAAUUAGAGAUGAUGGGUUGAAAUUUAACAAGGGGAGUUAUGAGGGGAAUGGAAAUAUGAUUACAACAGCAGCACUGAGGGAGAUCAUUUGGGAAUCAAUCUGGGUUUUCUGGCAAUUUCUUCGAUCGGACAAACCCGAAACAGAUUUAGGCUUAAAAGGUCCUAAUCAAACUCAAGUUGCUCCUCAAGGCACUGUGGAUUUGGACCUCUUGCUUGAAAUCAAAGCAGAUCUUCAAAAGAAGGAGAAAAGGCUGAAGGAUAUACUAAGAAGCGGAAGCUUUAAAGCGAAGAAUUUCCAAAAGCAUGACUCGAGUCAGGUUGUGUUGAUCGCUCGGAUUGAAUUGAAGCUAAUAUCGAGAGUUCUACGUAUGUCGAAACUAACUGCUGAUCAACUAAUUUGGUGCCACAGAAAAUUACACAGAAUCAACUUUAGUAGCAGGAAAAUUCACUUGGACCCAUCAUUUUCUCUCUUUCCUUGUUAAUAGAUGCAUUAUUACAUUACAAAAGUUAUAUGUAUACAAAAAUAUAGUCUCCACUAUUUUACUAGAAAUUAGAUUUAAAUUUUUUAUAUGUAUUCCAUUAGCACAGA